GACGUCGGCCUGCAGUGAACUAUCUUGUCGAGACAAGUUCAAUCCUGAGCAAACUUUCGGCUGAGCAAACUUUCGGUUCCCGCUGCAUCCUGUGAACCGGGAAGCCGUGGGGUGAGCAGCCGAACAGGUUGUGGAUUUACGGGGUGCAAAUUAUCAUCUCGAGUGUUUGCUAGUUUAGCAGCGAAUUAAGAUGCGGUUUGGCGCUGUGCUUUUGUCAGUGUUACUGCUUUGGGUUGAGGGGUCUUGGGGUGACACACCGGCCAACUGCACCUAUGAGGACCUGCUGGGGACAUGGGUGUUCCAGGUGUCCAAAGGCGGACACGACAAGACCGUCAACUGUUCAGCUGAAGCCACAAAUGAAAGCACAGUUACUGUCACCCUGGAGAAACUGUCAGUAGCCACAGAUGAACUGGGUAACACCGGCUUCUUCACUCUCAUCUACAACCAGGGCUUUGAGGUGGUCAUCGGUGGCUAUAAAUGGUUUGCUUUCUUCAAGUACAAGGAGGAAGGCUCUAAAUUGACCAGCUACUGUGACCAGACCCUUCCAGGGUGGGUCCAUGAUGUCCUGGGGCGAAACUGGGCCUGUUUUGUGGGGAAGAAAGUGAAAUCAGUGCCUCCCAGAACUGAUUAUAUCCCAGCCUUCAGCAGAGGGUUUCUGCAGAAGACCUACAAACACAACCUGGACUUUAUUUAUUUGAUCAACUCAGUCCAGACAUCCUGGAAGGCCAAACCGUAUCCAGAACACGAGAUGCUCACUAUUCAGGAGCUGCACUACAGGGCGGGGGGGCCAGCUUCUCGUAUCCCAGUCCGCGCUCGCCCAAAACCUGUGAUGGCCAAUUUAGUCAAAAUGGCGGCCGCCCUGCCUGAGCACUGGGAUUGGAGGAAAGUGGAUGGUGUUAACUUUGUCAGCCCUGUGAGAAAUCAAGCAUCGUGUGGUAGCUGCUAUUCCUUUGCCACCAUGGGAAUGCUGGAAGCUCGUGUUCGAAUCCUCACAAACAACACCGACGCUCCCGUCUUGAGCCCUCAGCAGGUGGUCUCAUGCUCUGAAUACUCUCAAGGCUGCGACGGGGGCUUCCCGUACCUGAUUGGGAAGUACACUCAGGAUUUUGGCAUCGUGGAGGAGUCGUGCUUUCCGUACAUUGCUAAGGACUCUCCAUGCGGCAUUCCUCAAAACUGUGGCCGAACGUACGCGGCGGAGUACGGUUAUGUGGGUGGUUUUUAUGGCGGCUGCAGUGAGACGGCCAUGAUGCUGGAGCUGGUUCAAAAUGGACCUAUGGCAGUAGCCUUGGAGGUCUACCCUGACUUCAUGCACUACGCAGGGGGCAUCUACCACCACACGGGUUUCAGGGACCCCUUAAACCCCUUUGAGCUGACCAACCACGCCGUGCUGCUGGUGGGCUACGGCCGCUGCCCCAAAACCGGCGAGAAGUACUGGAUCGUGAAGAACAGCUGGGGCACAGGUUGGGGCGAGGACGGCUACUUCCGAAUUCUCCGGGGAAGUGACGAGUGUGCCAUCGAGAGCAUCGCCGUAGCCGCCAAACCCAUCCCUAAGCUGUAGGAGCUUCAGCUCUAAAACCGGAGGAGAAGGGCACCUUGAAGAUGAUUCUAAAACAUUUCUAUUGAUUUUAUUCUCCGCUCCAGCCCGACUGCUUUUACAUAUUCCUACAAGGUGAAUGUUUGAAGCCAAAGUUUUUAUCUAUUUUAGUUAAGUCAUGAGUUAAUUUGAGUGGUUUUGCCAGUUUUCAGUUUAUCUGACUAUUUCAAAUAUUUAGAAAAAUUCAAAAUUUUUCAAAAUUUCCUCAUUUUUCCAGUAUUAAUUUAAACAAGGUGAAAUGUUUCCUGCAAACCUAAAACGUGUUGAAUCUAUUUGCUAACAUGGCGACAUUGAUUGCUAACAUUUUGUCUAAAAAUGGCAAAAUUAUGAAAAAGUGAAUGUUGGGAGUUGAUUUCUAAACAAUUUCUUACACAACAGUAGUUUUUUUAUCACUUCAGAUGCUUUUAAAUUCAGGAAGAACCUGAGAGGAGUUGAUUAUUUUUGUUGAAUUCACCGACAGCCUUAUUUCUUUUAUUUCUCUGCCUUUAAUGUUUGCCAAUUUCUCCAAGCAUCCUUUAGCUGUUAAAUUUAAGCUGUGACUGCCAAUACAAACCUGGGAUCUGAAGGGAUUGUUACUACGUGCUGCGACCGGUGUAAAUCCUUGUGACAUUUGAAUAAUCUGUUCGAUUGUCGGGUGCAGGACUUUGAUCGUUCUCUGUCUCAGGGAAAUUUCAUUGGAGAGAAUUGAUGUGCCUAGCGUCCUUGCCACAGACUGACACCAUGGCUGCCAUGUGGAUCUCUCUCUGGAGAGCAUUUAAAAUAAAUUACUUUCAAUAAAAGGGAUACAACAUA